CUCCUGCUCACCCGUGCCUUGUGGCUUUGCUCGCCACUUCCUGCUCUUCGAGCUUCCUGCCAGGCCGGGGCACGCUCAGCGCCAGGCCGGGGAGGGGGCCACGGGCUUGGCAUUGCCCGCCUGGCUGGCUUGGGUGCAGGCAUGGACUUCACCGUUCAGCCAGGGCCUGGCAGAGGAGCCGAUGGCCUGGAGCCCCUGGAGCCCCUGCUCUUCAGUACCUUCCACCCCUUUGGCCUGGGCAGAUCUGAGGGCUCAGCCCCAGCCCUGGAGGGAUGUAGGGAGGCCUUGGCUGGGCCCCAGCAGGGACAGCUGCACCCCAGCUCCCAGAGGGAACACGCCCCUUCCAGCCAGACCCCUUCUGCCUCAGCUGCCAGGCUACCCUGGCUGGUCCCAGGCUCUGGCGAAGCUGCGGCUGCGCUCCGGGCCAGCACCCAGGCUUGGUUCGAGCAGACGCAGGCAAGCGGAGUCCUCCCCGAUGGCCAGCGCCCCGACUGGUUCCACGGCUUCCUCAGCAGGAGGGAGUCCGAGCAGCUGCUGCAGGACAAGCCGCUGGGCUGCUACCUCAUCCGCUUCAGCGAGAGCACAGUUGGCUUCGUGCUGUCCUACAGGGGCUGGGAUCGCUGCCGGCACUACAUCCUGGACCAGCUGGAGGAUGGGCACUAUGUGAUCCUGGGGGAGGAUAGUGCUCACACCAGGCUGCAAGAGCUGCUACAGCACUAUACCUCGGCCCCCAUCCACCCCUACUACGAGCUCCUCACCGUGCCCUGUGCCUGGAAUAACAAGGACCCAGUAGGCACCGGGAUCCCAGCAGGGGCCGAGGCAGCAAUGCUCCCCCACGCUGCGUUGAGCCCAGCGUACAGCGUCGUGCACAAGCAGCGCCAAGCCACCGGCCAGGGCUGCUCCUCGCCAGAGGCUGCCUGUCCCGGCCCCCUGCUCCCUGCCAAGGCUACUCGGGUCCCCAGCAGCCCCUGGAUGGCCACAGCACCCCCCACCCCUCCCUCCGCCCCCGAGGCCAAGUACCAGCAGCUGCUGCGCUUCCACACCUACGCCGAGCCCUGUGAGGGGCCCGUGCUCCCCGAGCACCGCAUCUACCACGAGCCUGACGAGCCCAUCCCCUUCUACGCCGUGGGCCGGGGGUCGCCCCGGGACCUCAGCCCUGAGAACAUCUACUCCGAGGUGGACGUUGCACAGGAAGUCCAGCUCACGAUCUCCACGCUGCCCCCUGGCCUCGGCCGGGCCCGGACGCUCUCCACGCCCCGCCGGCUUCACCGCAGCGUGUCCAGCCAGGGAUCCAGGCGCCGUCGGCUGCUGGCAGCUCCCAGCAGGAAUAACAAGGACCCAGUAGGCACCGGGAUCCCAGCGGGGGCCGAGGCAGCAAUGCUCCCCCACGCUGCGUUGAGCCCAGCGUACAGCGUCGUGCACAAGCAGCGCCAAGCCACCGGCCAGGGCUGCUCCUCGCCAGAGGCUGCCUGUCCCGGCCCCCUGCUCCCUGCCAAGGCUACUCGGGUCCCCAGCAGCCCCUGGAUGGCCACAGCACCCCCCACCCCUCCCUCCGCCCCCGAGGCCAAGUACCAGCAGCUGCUGCGCUUCCACACCUACGCCGAGCCCUGUGAGGGGCCCGUGCUCCCCGAGCACCGCAUCUACCACGAGCCUGACGAGCCCAUCCCCUUCUACGCCGUGGGCCGGGGGUCGCCCCGGGACCUCAGCCCUGAGAACAUCUACUCCGAGGUGGACGUUGCACAGGAAGUCCAGCUCACGAUCUCCACGCUGCCCCCUGGCCUCGGCCGGGCCCGGACGCUCUCCACGCCCCGCCGGCUUCACCGCAGCGUGUCCAGCCAGGGAUCCAGGCGCCGUCGGCUGCUGGCAGCUCCCAGCAGGGACAGGGGCUCCUCGAGGCCAUCCAGCCCAGUGCUGCAGGUGCUGCCACCCCCCCAGCUGGAGUUCGACGACCCCAUCUAUAGCAGGAAGGCCCUGCCUACCACCAGCCCCAGACAGCUCGAUCACACCCAGCGCCCUGGGUGGAGUUGCUCCUGA